UGCUGCUUCAAAGAAGGAGGAUGAUGAUGCCCAGCCUGUUAAAAAAACCUACACGUGGAAUACAAAGGAAGAAGCAAAACAAGCAUUUAAGGAGUUGCUAAAAGAAAAGCGGGUACCAUCCAAUGCUUCUUGGGAACAAGCUAUGAAAAUGAUCAUUAAUGAUCCCAGAUACAGUGCUUUGGCAAAAUUAAGUGAGAAGAAGCAAGCCUUUAAUGCUUACAAAGUUCAAACAGAAAAGGAAGAGAAAGAAGAAGCAAGAUCAAAAUACAAGGAAGCUAAAGAAUCCUUCCAGCGUUUCCUUGAGAACCAUGAAAAGAUGACAUCCACAACAAGAUACAAAAAAGCUGAACAAAUGUUUGGGGAGAUGGAGGUCUGGAAUGCCAUCUCUGAGCGCGAUCGCCUGGAGAUCUAUGAAGAUGUCUUGUUUUUUCUGUCUAAGAAAGAGAAGGAACAAGCCAAACAGCUGAGGAAGAGGAACUGGGAGGCUCUGAAGAACAUCCUGGAUAACAUGGCCAAUGUCACUUACUGUACUACUUGGUCAGAGGCUCAGCAGUAUCUGAUGGACAAUCCCACGUUUGCAGAAGAUGAGGAACUGCAGAACAUGGAUAAGGAGGAUGCACUCAUCUGUUUUGAGGAACACAUCAGGGCACUGGAAAAAGAGGAGGAGGAAGAAAAGCAGAAGAGUUUGCUUCGAGAAAGAAGGCGGCAGCGUAAGAACAGAGAAUCUUUCCAGCUAUUUUUGGAUGAACUGCACGAGCACGGACAGCUACAUUCCAUGUCCUCCUGGAUGGAGUUGUACCCAACCAUCAGCUCUGACAUCAGAUUCACUAACAUGCUUGGUCAGCCUGGAUCCACAGCACUUGAUCUUUUCAAGUUCUAUGUUGAAGACUUGAAAGCACGUUACCAUGAUGAAAAGAAGAUAAUAAAAGAUAUCUUAAAGGAUAAAGGAUUUGUGGUUGAAGUGAAUACUUCUUUUGAAGAUUUCGUUACGGUCAUCAGCUCAACUAAAAGAGCUACUACUUUAGACGCAGGGAACAUCAAGCUGGCUUUCAACAGUCUGCUGGAAAAGGCAGAAGCCCGGGAGAGAGAGAGGGAGAAGGAAGAGGCUCGGAAGAUGAAGCGGAAGGAAUCUGCCUUCAAGAGCAUGUUGAAGCAGGCAACCCCUCCCAUCGAGCUGGAUGCUGUCUGGGAAGAU